GCACACGCUUUACCACGAACAGUCCUGGCUGGCCAGUAGAUACGGAAUGUUCUGUAUCUGCUUGGUUGACCGUGUUCACCAGUGCAGUGGAUUGCUCAAUAUUAGUUUAUCAAAUUUUUCCAGCAAAAUUCAAUAUUUUAUUGAAUUAAAACAUUGGCUAUUUUUGUUCGAAACUAUGUGAUGAUAAAGGAAAAUACUUCUAGUCUGAAUCUUCGAUUCAUCUUAGGAUGUACCUUUCGAUUGAAUGAUAAUUUACUAUGGACAACAUCAACAAUCUUCCAGUAGAGCUGUUAGGACAUAUUUUUAACUACCUCAGCUUUCGUGAUCGCAAAAAUGCAUACGCCGUUUGCACCCUGUGGUACAAAGUUCUGCGUGGUGUUCGAUUCCAACGCCAACGCCGGGUGUACCUAAAUCGCAGUUUCGACGAUGACCUAAAUGAUUUAGAAAUACGUGUUCUUCGCUGCUUCCGGAACAUUCAUAUUUAUUUCUUUGAUGCAGCAGGUUUCGAUGAUGUUGAACUACAGGAAAAAUAUGAUAUCAUACAAUUUAAGUACCUAUAUCAACGAACUCCAGAGGACCGCCUAAUUGAAUUUUUAUUUGAAAUGAACAUGGAUCUCGAAAGUCUGGAACUGUCGAGAUCGUUUGAAAGCUGUCGAGAGAUUCUCGAGAAUCGAUUACCACGAAUUAGGAAUCUGCGGGAGCUCGCGUUAAAUUUUGAAACAACGGAAAAUAUCAUCCCACAGCAACAUUCAACCACGUGGACAAUCCAACAUCAUCGAGUAGAAAAGCUAAGAAUGGACUUUCCUUGUGCAAACUUACCAUUGAAAGUAAUAACACCAAAUUUAAAUAGUCUGUGUGUGGAUACAAAUUGCCGCCAGGGCUUUCAGAUAAUCGAAGCGUACUGCAGGCAGUUGCAAUGUUUGGAAGUAACUAUCAAGGAUGCGGAAACGGUUGACGAUAUCAUGGCGUUGCCGUUCCCUAGCUUGACGCAUCUGCAAACUUGGCCGCAUGGCGACAACGACAAAGAACUGCAGGUUCGAUACGCUCGAACACGUAAUAAAUACGUGGAUUUGGAAAAAGAGGAACAGUUUGUCAUUGGAAUGCCAAAAUUAAAAAGCUUCCAUUCGGCAAACAAUUUAAUGUUCUUUCGCAUUAGUACAGCUCUUUCGAAAUUUGCUAAACAGCUCGUUGAACUAACUCUUGAAAAUCAGGAAAUGGAUUUGGAACAAAUCAAAGCUUUCGAAGCGAUACCGAUUAAGGUGCUCAACAUACGGCGAUGCAAAAUUCUGACCUCAUCCCAGAGUCUUCCAACGUUGAACAUGCCUCAUCUAAACAGUCUAGUACUGUGGUACAACGAGUCAGAUAUUAUCUUCGAUAGCGGGCUUUCUGAGCUUAAAUCACUGAAGAUGACACUAUUCAAAUCAAAGAACCACAAAGUUUUACACAAAAUAUGCAACAACUUGCCGAAUUUGGAACAUUUAGAAAUAUGGGCAUACAGAAUGUUGGUUAACACAGCGUUUCGAUAUCUACAUAAACUGACAAAGCUAAGGUCGCUUAAGUUGAUCGUAUGCGAAACAAAAACACGCUUUUGGACGCAUUGUUCAGUGAUACCUACUCUUCGUAGGAUAGAUUUGAUAGAAUGCACCUUAAAUAAAUUUACGCUUCAGCAACUGGCAAAAGUGUUUCCCGGUCUCAGCGAACUCAUACUGGAAGAAUGCAAAGUCCAGUUCAAUGAUGAAGGUUCCGGCACGUACAGGAACACGUCAAAGUUGGACAGCGAAAGAAGAAGAUCUUGUUUGCAGCAAUUAAACGAGGCUUUUCCUCUGUGUACGAUUUCGUUGUACUAGCAGUUUCACUGGCGCGAUUACUAGGUGCUGCUAUUUUCAUUGAUGUGAGUGAGCGAAGGAUUAAAAAUUAUAAAAAUCA